CAUCGAGGUGAUUCCCUGCAAGAUCUGCGGGGACAAAUCCUCGGGGGUCCACUAUGGAGUCAUCACCUGCGAGGGCUGCAAGGGCUUCUUCCGGCGCAGCGAGCGGCGCGGGCCGAGCCUGGCGUGUCACCGCGGGCAGCGCUGCGACAUCGACCGCGCCACCCGCACGCGCUGCCAGCACUGCCGCCUGCAGAAGUGCCUGCGCCUCGGCAUGUCCCGCGACGCCGUCAAGUUCGGCCGCAUGUCCAAGAAGCAGCGGGACCGGCUGCAGGCCGAGGUGCUGGAACAGCUGGAAAAGCGGGAAAAAAACCGGGAAAAAACCGGGAACAAACUCGGGAACAACGGGAACAAACCCGGGAACAACGGGAACAAACCCGGGAACACCGGGAACAAACCCGGGAACAACGGGAACAAAGCCGGGAAAAGGGAGAAGCGGGAGGAGGAACGGGCGGCCCCGGGACCAUCUCUGCCCCCCCCGGCGGGGCGCUGUCCCCCGCUGUCCCCCGCUGUCCCCGCGGGCUGUCCCAGCAGGGCGUGGCCCGCGGAGGAGGUGACAAAGCGGGGACAGGACGGGGACAAGGAGGGGACAGCGGGGACAGGGCCGAUCCCUCAGCCCGGUGCCGGCGGCGUCCCGGAGUCACCCGCGGGCCUGGAGAUCGAGCUGCUGACCCAGAGUGUCCUGCUGUCACACCGUGCCACGUGCCACCCCCGCACCGAGGACCUCCAGGGCCACCAUUGGGCCACCUUCAGCCCCGAGGAGAUCCGCGCCUACCAGAGCCAGCCCAUGGCGGAGAUGUGGCAGCGCUGUGCCCGCCGUGUCACCGAGGCCAUCGAGCGCGUGGUGGAGUUCGCCAAACGCCUGCGCGGCUUCCUGCAGCUCAGCCAGCACGACCAGAUCGUCCUGCUCAAGGCGGGUGCCAUGGAGGUUGUCCUGCUCCGGAUGUGCCGCGCCUUCGACGCCGCCACCGGCACGGUCCUGUUCGAGGGCAAACUGGCGGGGCCCGAGCUCUUCCGCUCGCUCGGGUGUCCCGAGCUCGUCGCGUCCGUCUUUGACUUCGCGCGGGGGCUGAGCGCGCUGCGCUGCUCCGAGAGCGAGCUGGCGCUGCUCAGCGCGCUGCUGCUGCUCAACGCCGGUCAGCCACUGUCCCCAAGUGUCCCCAAGUGUCCCCAAGUGUCCCCUCAGCGUCCCCACCCCCUGUCCCGCUCCGUGUCCCCGUGUCUCCCUGUCCCGCCCCACGCGCUCCCCAAACCCACGGGGUUUGUCCCUAAGCAGGGUGGGCAGCGGGGUGUCCCCAGAGUGUCACCAAGCCGUGUCCCCGGGUGUCCCAGCCGUGUCCCCACGCGUGUCCCCGCGGUGACAGCCGUGUCCCCGCAGCUGCCCGCCCCGGGCCGGCUCCGCGCUCUGUGCUCGCAGCACCUGGAGCAGGUUCAGGCUUUCCGCCGCCUGCACCCCGCGGGGGUCUCGGCCGCCUUCCCCCCGCUCUACCGGGAGCUCUUCGCCCCCGAUCCCGCCGAUGGCCCCGCGGGGACCCGCUGA